AUGCCCGCCCCCCACGGUAAUAACCACGCCCACAUCGCAGAUGACACGCCCACUCACCCGUCCUUCCACGCCCUCCGGGGAGGUGAAGCCGCUAGCGAAAACACGGAUGUGCUCCGAGGAGUGACCGGAGCCCGGCGCGGACGCAGUGGCAGACGAUGUGGACGGGAGCCGCUGCACAUGGAGCCGGCCGGCGAGGCCGCGGCGGCGGCGGCCCUCGUGCCCGGGAGCGCCGAGGUGAAACCGUGCGCCGCGCCCGAGCGGGUCGUGGACCCCAGCGACAUCAGCCCCAGCGCCCUGCACGCCGCCGUGAGGGACUCCCAGCUGAACAUCGUCCAGGUGGAGGACGACGUCCCCGGGCUGGGCGCCUCCUGCCUCUACCUGGUCCCCUCCGCGCCGGGGGAGGGGGAGCAGGAGGAGGUGGGGGCCCCUCUCCGCGGUCGGGAGGCCGGGGCGGGGCCGGCCGAGGCCGAGGAGCCCGGGAAGAGAGAGCCCAAGGAAAACGGGCUCGUGCGGAUUUACACGGGCGUGUGCGAGCAGCUCAUGGCCCUGAACGAGGGGGACGGGAAUCUGGACCCCGGCCGGCACGCUCAGCGGGAAGCCGGACGGAACCCGCGCUGCCCGCCGGCCUGCGCCCCCGCUGAAUCGCUGUCCUGUCGGAGCGCUCGGCCUGGACGCAGCGCGGCAGAGCUCGGGCCCGGCGCGGAUCUCGCCGCGGGGGAGAGCAUCGCGCCUGUCAAGCGAGCCCGGGAGGAGGCCCUCGCCCGCAGCGCGCAGGGGCCGGGCCCCGUCAUCAAGAGGGUCUUCGACCAGGAGUGGUGCAGCUCCCUGUGGAGCUCCGCCGAGCCGGCCUGCGAGAGCAGCAGGGUCCCCCGACCGGACCGCCGGGACGCUGCCCACGCCGGGGCAGGGGUCUCCGAGCUGCGGGGGGCCGCGGUGAAGCAGGAGGUCGAUGAGCGGAGGGGGUUUCCCACGGCGGCGCCGGGCUCCCACCUGAGCUUGGUCCAGGUUAAAGACGAGCGCCCUGACCUGGGCACUGCCCCUCUUUACUCUGCCCGUGCCCACCCUGCGCCAGGAGAGCGCCGGUCUCUCCGUGUGAUGGAGGAUGUGUCCGGGCUGGCAGGGGGGCCCAUCAAGAGGGAGGCGGUUGAGGAGGAGCUGGUGCAGGUGUGUAUGAACGCGGAGGACAGCAGGCCGGAUUCCAGGCCUCAAGCGGAAAGGACGCCCCAGUGCGCGAGGAUGCCCGCCAGCGACCGCAGGACCCCCGGAGGCGCCCGUGUGGCCUUCGAGCGGGCGUCUGAGUCGGUGCCCGCCCAGAUCAAGCCCUUCCUGCGCAGGGUGAGGUACACGGUGUACCACGGGCCCGGGGCGGAGACCGGGUGCAAGGAGGAGCUGGACAGGGAGGAGGGACAGGGGGAGCCCACCGUCGUCGUCGUGUUGCAAACAGGCGCCCAGGCACCUUGCAGAACGGGGUCCGGCAGCUGGCCUGUCCGUCAGAUGAGAACCCCCAGAAUGAGACCGUUGGCGCCCCUGAACACACCCCAGUGCACACAACAAAUUUCCAGAGUCGUCUGGCGUACCACCUGGGGGGUGCUCCGUGUACCACAGUUUGAGAACCACUGGUCCAGUGCUCACAACCCAGUUCUCUCACCCCCUCCCUGUGGCAGACAUUCCAGUUCCGUCACAGGAUGAACCGAGGGGCUGUGGUCCGUCUGUCCCGGGACCCUGCAGCUCCUGA